UGACUGAGCUGCUUGUAUGAUGUUUUAAAGGUGGAAAUUCGGGACAGGGACACCUAUGAUGGAUGUUACUACUCCCUCUACUGGUAUUGUUCCAGUGGAUACUGUGGCUACACCUCCAGAAGUCAGAGAGGCAGACUGGACAGCAGCACCAGUGCUCCACUCUAUAACAGACAAUGGUGUGAAACUGAAACCGUCACCACGCGGGUCGUCCCGAGCAACAGACCUUUUGAAAUGCGGGCAGCGAGCUGCUGCUGGAUCCCCACACGGACCUAUUACUGGGGCCAUUCUUGGUACUUGAACACUCUUGUGGAUUUGGGAGAAAGAUCCGACACUGGAAAACCAAACAGAGCACCAGAAGUUGCCAUCCUACCUUUCCUCAGAGUUCCUGAAAACUGCCCACGGACAUACAAGCUGAUGUCCUUUGAUCCUGAUGGAGACAAAGUCAGAUGCAGAUAUGGAAAUCCAGGAAGUACAGAGUGCUACGGCUGCACCCAACAUUCAGGCUUCCACUUACACCAGGACUCCUGCACGUUACAUUACCAAUACACUAAUGCUGACCCGUUAGUGAAUGCAUUUGAGUUGGUGGUGGAGGAUUUCCCACAAGGACACAUCAGUCUGAGAUACUCCGAUGGAUCCCAGUCCUCCAGGUCUCCUCUGUCCGCAAGAAGGAAACGAUCUGCCGCCAUGUAUCCAACAACUACAUACCCCCCCACUACCACAUCAUGGUGGUGGUGGACAACUACAGCUGCGCCCACUACAACUACAGCUGCUCCUACUACAACUACAGCCGCUCCUACUACAACUACAGCUGCGCCCACUACAACUACAGCUGCGCCCACUACAACUACAGCCGCUCCUACUACAACUACAGCUGCACCCACUACAACUACAGCUGCACCAUGGUGGUGGUGGGGGUCAACUACAGCUGCACCAUGGUGGUGGUGGACAACUACAGCCGCUCCUACUACAACUACAGCUGUGCCAACUACAACUACAGCCGCUCCUACUACAACUACAGCCGCCCCCACUACCACACCAUGGUGGUGGACUACGGGCAGACCGCUGCAGGCGACCUCUUCUCCCCUCAGUAAACUACCGUUGCAGUUCUCUUUCCUUGUGGAUCCACCUGCUCCUUCAUGCCAGGAGGGACUAUACUUGCCCCAGUUUGUGCACCCAACACCUGCACACGGACAGCGCAUUCAUGCAGAGGUCAACAAAGAGGUGGAGAUCAGAAUCAAAGCACAGGCUUCAUAUGCAGCAAUACAAGAUAUCCUCAUGAGCGGGCCAAUGAAUAUGACCAAGCACAGAACCACACAUAAUGAGUUUGUGCUUCGGUGGACGCCGUUCUCCAGCGAUCUGGGAGAUUAUUUCCCAGUGUGCUUUGCUGUUGAAUCGGCGACAGGGUCAGCAGUGACCAGUUUUCCAGGCAAUACCCACUCUCAUAACCACGGCACCCCGACUUCACAGUCCGGCGUCUAUCAGUCCGAGAUGAGGUGUGUCAUCUUGAAAGUUGGAACAGAGGAAAUUAAAACCAACGUGAUCUGCACUGAGUCUGAAAUGAGAGUAGAGGUGGAGAAAUCGUCCCUCCGUGGACUCCGUGAGGAUCACCUGCGUCUCAGUGAGCCCAGCAACACCCUCUGCAGCCUGGAGAGAUACUCCAACAGCACUCACAUCAUCGGCGUCAUCCCUCUCAAUGCUUGUGGCACUCAGAUCGAGGAGGACGAGGAACAUCUCAUUUUCAAGAAUGAAAUCACCACAGUGGAUGACAGCGGAGCUCUGAUCACCAGGAAACAUAACCUGGAAGUAGAGUUCUACUGUCAGUACCCCAAAAAGGGGAACGUGUCACUGGGCUUCACAGCACACAGGACGAUGGUGGAAGUGUUUGAUAAAGGCUUCGGCACGUUCACCUACCAGUUUGAGUUUUACCCCGACAACCAGUUCAGAAGCAUCAUUGAUCCCAGUUCGUACCCUCUGGAGUACGACGUAGGGCAGAAGAUUUACAUGGAGAUAGAUGCGUCCUCCAUAGUCAACGACACCGAGAUGUUUGUGGAGUCCUGCAGAGCCUCGUAUACAUCAGCUGUUCAGUAAUGAUGUGUGAAGCAGGGAAUCCCAACAGCAGGUGCUCACAGGGAUGCAUCAACUCAAACCAUCACCACCACUCCCACCGCCGAAAGAGGGACUCUGCCAUCCAGACUGCAGCGCACUUCGUUUCCCAGGGUCCUCUGCGUUUGAAGAGGUCAGCAGACACCAGCAUGAGUGCAGGGAACAACCUGAACCUGAACCUGAACCUGGUCUUCAUCGCUGGAUGUCUUCUUGCUGCUGUUGCCAUGAUCUGUGGAGCGCUCCUGUACAGGGCCAAAAUGUCAAAGGUCAAAUACCAGCGUUUGGCCUCGAGUGAAAGUUAAGACAGCAGUGUAAUCAGAAUACCAGUUCCUGCAUUACUUUUGAAUGAACCUCAUUUUGCUGUCAGAGUUUCGGUGUUUGUGUAUCUGCUCAUGUUUAAAUCAAUCAUGAAUUUAAUUCUUUAUAAUUCAGCUUCAUUUGUGUAGCGUGAACUCACAACAACAGUCACCUCAAUUAGGUUUAUAAUGUAGGGCACAGUCCCAGCUGUUACAGCUGUGUUUGUGUUUGCGAGCUUUAAGAGAAAACAGACAUAAAACAGACUUUGAAUGAUGAAUCUUUGGAUUGUUGUUCAGUCGUGCAGCUUUACAGCAGCUUUUCUUUUUAUAUGUUAGAGUGUGAUUCACAGAAAGUGUGAAUGUUGAUGUGUGCUCCUCUAUAAUCAUUUCUAUGCACAUUUGAGUAAAUUUGAGACCAACAUUAAAGCGGUUAUUAUAAACUUCAAUAAAAAUCAUUAAAGGCG